GGAAGGAAGGUAGGCGAGGAGGAGGAGACGCCGGGGUGCGGACACGCGAGCUGGAGGCCGGCUUCGGCCGCGUUGGAGUCGCCGCGGCUCGCUCGGAGAUGCCUGAGCCCUCAUCUAGCAGCCCCCGAGCUCCACGCGGCGCCCGCUGUCCCGUCCUCUAAGGGCCGCCACAUCCCGGCGGCGAGCGUGGACUGAGGGCGGCUUGGUGCCGGCCGGGGGCGCCCGGGGAGGGACCCGGGCCGGUCUGGAAGGGCUGGCCUAGGGUCUGCGCCUUCGCCAUCACCGCGGCCCGGAGCCGGGUCAGGAGGAUGCGCGGCGCCGGGCUCUGAAGCAUGGAGGGGGUUCUGUACAAGUGGACCAACUAUCUCACAGGUUGGCAGCCUCGUUGGUUUGUUUUAGAUAAUGGAAUCCUGUCCUACUAUGAUUCACAGGAUGAUGUUUGCAAAGGGAGCAAAGGAAGUAUAAAGAUGGCAGUUUGUGAAAUUAAAGUCCAUUCAGCAGACAACACAAGAAUGGAAUUAAUCAUUCCAGGAGAGCAGCAUUUCUACAUGAAAGCAGUGAAUGCGGCUGAAAGACAGAGGUGGCUGGUUGCUCUGGGGAGCUCCAAAGCCUGUUUGACUGAUACUAGGACUAAAAAAGAAAAAGAAAUAAGUGAAACCAGUGAAUCUCUGAAAACCAAAAUGUCUGAACUCCGCCUCUACUGUGACCUCCUAAUGCAACAAGUUCAUACAAUCCAAGAGUUUGUUCACCAUGAUGAGAGGCAUUCAUCUUCCAGCGUGGAGAACAUGAAUGAAGCCUCUUCUUUGCUUAGUGCCACCUGUAAUACCUUCAUCACAACACUUGAGGAAUGUGUGAAGAUAGCAAAUACCAAGUUUAAACCUGAGAUGUUUCAGCUGUCCCAUCCAGAUCCCUUAGUUUCUCCUGUGUCACCUUCUCCUGUUCAAAUGAUGAAGCGUUCUGUCAGCCACCCUGGUUCUUGCAGUUCAGAGAGGGGUAGCCACUCUAUAAAAGAACCAGGAUCUACACAUCACCGAUUAUCCCAGCGACGCCGAAGAACCUACUCAGAUACAGACUCUUGUAAUGAUAUUCCACUUGAAGACCCAGAUAGACCUGUUCACUGUUCAAGAAAUACACUUAAUGGAGAUUUGACAUCUGUUAACAUUCCUGAAGAAAGCAGAUUAAUGGCCAAAAAAAAAUCUGAUUUAGAAGAUCCUCUUCCAUCCUUCUCUUCCUGAGGAAACUGAAGUGUCCAACUUCCUCUAAGUAUUGCUAUGCAAAGGCUGCUGUAAUUAAACUAUUGUUAUAUUGUUAUAGGGAGUAGUUUUUCCCUUUACUUAGAAUUUCUCUGCACUUUAUAAACUAUUGUAAAAAAAAAAAAAACCCACAUACCUUUGAAGUGUAUUUUAUCUUUAUAAAGUUUAUUUGCAAGAGUAUUUUCCUAAUAACUUCACAGUGUGAAUGUGUAUCUUUCUUUUCUUUUCUUUUUUUGAACAAAUUGAUGGUGUAACAUUUUGACUCCAUAAGGACAAAUGUAGAUAUUUUUCUAAAAAGCUGUGGGGGACUGACAACUUAAUCAGUGAGUAUUGUAGGUUUUAAUCCUGAAAUUGUAUAAGGUUUCAGUUUGACAGAAGUGUGAGAUAUGUAACUUGUGCCAUGGACCAAAAAAUGGUCACUUUACCCCAGCUGAAAGUGAGUUACAAUAGCAGCUUGCUGGUGAUUGUAUUGUGUUCCUUGAAGCAAAAAGGAAUACUUAAUAUUCUAAAUAUUUUUAACCCAAAUAACAUGACACAUUGAGGAAUUUUUAAAAACCAGACCAUUCUGUCCUUUGUAUAUGAAGUUGACGCUACUGAUUUAUCAAUACCAAAUGUUGGGUUAAAGUAUUUAAUUUUUUUAAAUUUAUUUUCCUGUUGCAUCGAAAAAUGAUUGCAUUCUUACUUUUGUAACCUACCAAAUUUAAGAUGUGUAGACAUUGUUAUUUACAUUGUUUUAGAAAAGAGGUCAAUGUGGUAGUGACCUUGCUCACUUACACCAGAGAAAUAAAUGACUUUCAAGGGAAGAGGAUUUUAGUUUUGUUUUUUUUUUCUAAGCUGCUGUUGUAAGGUAUUAAUGUUUGCAGCCCUUUGGACUAUAUAGAGACUUUUAAAAAUCUAUGAAUAUUUAUACAAAAAAGAAAUUCUGUUAAAGUGAUUACUCUUCAUCACUUUAGAAAAUGGCAUAAUUUAAUGAAAGAACAAACAGCAUUUUUUGGUAGUGCCUGCCCAUAUCUGUUGUCAGUGUUUGCCUUGUACAUUUUUAAAUUCACUUUGGAGUGAUGGUUUUGUCCAAGUUCUUGGAUGAGGAGCACUUUAAAACAAAGUGGUUUGGUGUUUUUAAGUUAAUCAGAUGAUUAAUAAAUAUGUGGUUUCUGCAUUCAAACUCA